UAUUGCGAUAUAUUCCGAAAAUGUCGAAGCGUUGAUGCGGAUGGGCCACUGGCACGUCUAAAAAAUGUUAUUUUCAAUCCAAAGACAUUGCAUGAAGUGAAGUACUGGAUUCAAGUGAAUUGGUGGGCAGUUGUUCUUGGCGGAUUGGGUCUGCUUGUGUUCAUGACGCUUUUCAUCAAAAUAUGUGCUGUUCACACACCCAGUACCAAUCCAAACAAAGCACCUGCCUUAAAUAUUUAUGACACGUUGCGAAGGCCGAAAAAUCUUAUACAGCGAAAACAUGGUCGUGCAGCACAUCAGUUACCGCAUAUUGAGCGUUUUUCCGGUGUACCAUGUUUUCUCAAUUAA